CUGUUUUUGUUUUGCUGCAGUUCAUUUUUGCCUCUUCUAGUUAUGCUUCUGGAGUUCUGAAAUAAAAAAAAAUAUAUAGACCAAAAAUAAGGGCGUUCUCGUACCGUAUCUGUCUGGCUCCAGUAAACAAGAGAAGAAAGCAAGGGUCUGUAACGUAAGAUCGCUAGUCAUAGGUGGAUCUCCAACUGGAAGUGAUUUUGAAAAAAAGCCGAACCGAUCCCAGGCCUCCGAUCCGAGGCGGAGGUAGGGAGGGUGGGAGCUGGGAAUCGGCAUGGAGACAGGAGAGGGGGCUGCAGGUCCCGGCGGGGUGGCGGGGUUGAUCUGCGCUUCCUUCAAUCAAGACACCACAUCGCUGGCUGUUGGGACCAAGGAUGGCUACAAGCUCUUUUCUGUUACUGCCGUGGAUGGUCUGGACCUUAUUCAUGAAAGCACAGAAACCCCUGAGGUCUACAUUGUGGAGCGCCUCUUCUCUAGCAGUCUGGUGGUGGUGGUCAGCCUGUCCAUGCCUCGCCGUAUGAACGUCUAUCACUUCAAGAAAGGCACAGAGAUCUGCAACUAUAGCUACUCCAACAACAUCCUGGCUGUGAGGCUGAACCGGCAGAGGCUGAUAGUUUGUCUGGAAGAAUCCAUUUACAUUCACAACAUAAAGGACAUGAAGCUUCUGAAAACCCUCCUCAACACUCCUCCCAAUCCAACAGGUCUGUGCGCUCUCUCCACUAACCAUUCCAACUCCUACCUGGCUUACCCUGGCAGUUCCACCAUUGGAGAGAUCAUCGUGUACGAUGCCAACAACCUGAGCACUGUGACCAUGAUUCCAGCCCAUGAUAGUCCCCUCGCUGCUGUCACCUUCAACUCCUCGGGCACCAAGCUGGGCAGUGCCUCAGAAAGGGGCACUGUGAUCAGAGUCUUCACCAUCCCCGAGGGACAAAAGCUGUUCGAGUUCCGUCGAGGGAUGAAAAGGUACGUGAACAUCAGCUCCCUAUCCUUCAGCGCAGAUGCCCAAUUCCUGUGUGCUUCCAGCAACACUGAGACCGUGCACAUUUUCAAACUGGAGCAGCACAGUCCCAGCUGCGAGGAAGAGUCUCCCACCUGGUCUGCCUACGUGGGCAAGAUGUUCUCAGCGGCCAGCAACUACCUCCCGGCGCAGGUGUCCGACAUGAUGAAUCAAGACCGCGCCUUUGCCACUGUGCGGCUCAACAUUUUUGGCCAGAAGAAUGUCUGUGCCCUCGCCACGAUCCAGAAGCUGCCACGCCUGUUGGUUGCCUCCUCUGACGGACACCUGUACAUCUACAACCUAGACCCCCAGGACGGGGGUGAGUGCAUGCUGGUGAAGAAACACAGGCUGCUUGGCUCAGACCAGGACUGGGCAGAGUCUGAGGAGUCUGAGAGCAGAGUGGCACCUCCAGCCUGCCAGUCCUAUGCUGCCACUGUCGCCAUCCCCACUGCAGUGCCUUCCUCCACAGCCCUCACAGGUUACUCGGAGGAUGGAGGCACAAAGAAAGGAGAGCUGAUCCCGGAGCAUGAGUUCGCCGCUGGCCCGGUGUGCCUGGAUGAUGAGAAUGAGUUUCCUCCUGGUGAAGGCGAACGGCAGUAAGUUAGGAGCUGAGGUCACAGCAAGGACAACCCGUUAGCCUUUUCUUUGACUUUUUCAAGCAAAACGCCAAAGGCUGGAGAAAAGACCAAGCUCAGGGCUUCAGAGUCGCUCCACCAGGAAAGCCGUUGAUGAGUGCUGGCACUCCUCCUCUUCAGUGGGCAUGUUAAAAACUAUUGGAGAGUCAAAAACAGGCCAUGCACACCUGUCAUUUGUAUUCAGCUAGAAAUGCAGAUUAAGCAGUUUUUAUGGAAUGCACAGUGAGUUGUGUUAUCGGGAAGUUGCAGGUCUGAAUCCUUUAUGCACUAAGAGCCUAGGAUAGGGACAGGAUUAGAAGAGAUGAACUGGACAGUGCACUUCCUGCUCCUGAGAACUGAAACCUUCUCAAGCAUUAUGACCUGUCAGGAACCGAGACAGGCCAGUACAUAACUCCUUAUCCUGAGCACCAUCUCUCAGGUGAACCCCUUUCACUGAAAGGUUUCAUAAGCUUGCAGGAAGCAGCUGACUGGAAUCUGGACUGGAGAACAACGGUCCUUUUGGCUCAUUAGUUGUUAAACAUGUCAUUUAUACUUCCUGAAUCAGUGACAAAAUACUGGAAUUUAAACAGUUCUCCUCGUCUAAGGGAGGAUUUUUUUUAUUUAUGUGCAUCUCGUGCUUGUGUGAUGGUACCAAGUCCGAAAUAUUCACUACAUCUGCUUCACAUGUCAAGACACCAUAUUUUCAUCCUUUUUUAAAAAAAGAGUUUAAAACAAUUGGUUCAAUUAAAAUUUUUACAGUGCAGUGUUUAAAUUAGGAUCUCAUAGAUUGCAAAGAGGUAUUGCAUGAUCAUAUCACAAUCACCCAGUAUAUAUGAAACUUAAGGUUUUUUAAAUAUUGAGUUCAAUAUUGAUUUGGAAGUUUUACUUAGUUGUAAAAGAUAUCCCAUUUGUAAAGUCCUUUGGUAUACUGACAUGUUACUGUGGGCACUUAUAAAAAAAUAUUUUAAAAAAAUGUACAGUACUUAGUUGAUUUAAGUAACAGUAAACAUUCAUGAGGAAAGGAAAAAACGCCAUGCUCAUCUUGUCUGUCUCUGUGGAACUUAUCUUCCAUACCAACCAAAUAAUACAGAAAGGGAAAUUCCACAUUUUCUCUGGUGAAAUUCAAAGGUCAGUAAAACCAAUGUGUUCAGGAAAACAUUUCAUGAACUAAAUGUGAACAUUAAUUUGUUUUUUUGUUUUCAUCCUUUGGUUUGUUUGUCUGUGACCAUGAGAAACAUCCGACCACUUUUCAAGUUAAGUUUGUCAUUAUUCUUAUUGCACCUCUUGGAUGAAGUUCUGUAAUACUCAGCCUAUUGUCUUAUUUUCUUGGCAAAGCCACUAGAAGGCGCUGCGGUAUACACUCAAUUUACUCACAAGAUGAAGAAUGGAUUCCUAUAUAUAUUAAUCUUAGAGACUGCUUUUAAUUAAUCUCUUCCCCUAUUUUCACAGAAACCUCAUGAGAGAACUAUAAACUGCAACUAGAUGAUUAAAACAAGCAUUAAAAAAGGGUUUAUGUACUUCAAAAGUGGUGGUUGUAAUAAAAAAGCACCCUAUUAAAAAUAUCCCAGCCAUUUUACAUGGAUUUUGGUACAAAUAUUUAAGAAUUUAAAGACUGGGCCUGAGAGAUGAGGGACAUAAAUAAUGCUUCUUUAAACUUGUGGGGUUUUUUUAGAACUACUAAGCCAUAUCUGUUAUUAGAGCAAAGACAGAUGUUUUAAUUUUUUCCAUAGGAAAGUCCUGCUAUCCUCAUUGAACACUCACAAGGCUAAUAACUUGGCCUUUAGGGGUUUUGAGUCAAUAGAAAGACUAGUGGCCCCUACCACAAAUUCAGUCAUAAAUGUGACACACUGCACAGAUGUAAAAAGAGAUGUGGUUUAGCAUAGACACUGAAAUAAGAAGAAAAGGGUUCACUAAUUCUUAUUUUAUGAGACACCUGCAUCAGAUUUCAUCAGAGGAAGUUAUUGGUUAGUGAACUUCAUUAACGCUCAUGUUCAGUUAAUCAAUCUGAUAAUGAAGUUUUCCAUCACCCUUAUUAUAAAAAACUUUACAAUUAUUAUCACCAUUUUUAUUAUUUUUGAAAAUAAAAAGUAUACACAUGCUGGGAACAAAAAGUAGGACAUUCAGAUUAAAGCAACAUUAAAAAUGUUCUUUGCAUUAAAUGAAAGUCAUUUCUUGAAUGCUUGUAACAUAUGUAUCAUACUUAUAAUAAAAAUAAUAUAUUUUUCAUUUACCUGCAGAAGAGGCAGGUACGUUACCAUCAAUAAGAUGGUAUUAAAGGGAAAAGAAAACUCUUGUGGGCCACAUAUUUGAUGCAAAUGUCUUUUCAGUGAAAGAACAGCACUCAUGCAUGGGACAGGGAUAAUAUCUCUUGUCAUUCCAUAACAGACUGUGCUCAGACAAUGUGUACUGAAACCAAAGCUUCUAGGCAACACACUGUUGCUUGGCUUUACAUCUGAGCCGGAAGAAGUCAAGGUUACACUCCUCAUGUUUACAACAAAGGGGGGAUGGAAAUCUGCUGCUGUCCUACUUUCGACCAGACUCAAACUGUGUGCUAGCCCAAGGCCUCUCAGUGUUUAUAACAUGUCUGUAUAACCCUAAAACUGGUGGUUUAAAUUCAUCCGUAUUCCAAGAGAAAGACAUUUUUGAAAAUGCAAAACUUGUGUAAUCUCUGUUAAAAACUAUCCAGCUGCUGGAAUAGUGAUGUUUUACUCCUGACUCAUAUUGUCUCUCCCGUCUGUGAACAUAGAGGGCCCGUCAGCAUUUGUGGCUGGAAAUAUCUGCGUAAAGGAUUUCCCAAAAUCUAAACCAGACUUUACAAUGUGAAUCUAUAUCACCCUUCCUUACAGAGAAUUAACUUCAAUGAGACAUACACUAGGAUUUUUGUAUCUUCAUUUUUGUCUUUUUAACCCCUUACUAUCAGCCAUUAUGUUAAUUUAUGAGAGUGGUUAUUAGUGUUUUAUUUAUUAUUUAGGGUCUUAUUAAGAAGCCUGUCCUGGAUUGCAAUAUCCAGGGAUUAAGACUCUAUGUGAAAAAAUAAAUUUUAGUCUCUCAGGCAACAGCUCAGUGAAGUCUCUAUCAAGGAGAAAAAGGCACUAAUUCUCCUUGAGCAAAUGAGCACACCCACUGUGCUAACAGGCAAAAUCAGAGUGGGUAGGAUUUCACUACUGUGCACUAAUCUGUUUAUAACACACCCUCGUGUUGGGGCUGCAGGAACAAUAAAGCUCUGUUUUGGUUUUGGUAGAUAAAUUCGUGCCGUGACGGGACUCGGGCUGGCAAAGCGAGAUGGACGUGAGAUUAGAGGACAUUUGACACCGGACAGAAGGCUAAACCUGAAGCCAGAAGAUUGGCUAUGCAUGAGCCAGGGGGAAAAAAAAGCAAAUUUGCAGGGUGCUACAUUUAAAAAAAAAAAAAAAGAAAAUAGAGAAAAAUAGUAUCUUUUAAGACCAGACCUGGGUCUUUUAGCUCAACUCCAGACGGGUGUGUUAUAUGAAUUAGGUGCAUGACUGAACUGAAUUAUAACCAUGUGUUAAGAGUUACUUGACCAAUAUGUUUAUAAUUAGAUAGUAUUGAUAUUGUAAUAGUAUUUAAUCAAAAGAAUAAGGAAUUAAACUUCUGUUUUUGCUCUGUAUGUGUUUUUUAGCCUGUUUUGGUAACAUUUCCAUAUGUCCCAUUGUACACCACGCUGGUGGAUUGUUUUGUACAUGUCUACAAUGUUAUUUGUAACUGUGCAAAAGUGUUUUGCAAGGACGUUGCACAAAACCAAAAAACGUGGAGCUCAAAAUAGAAAUAAAAUGAUGCAAAUCCUUUGUUCGCCGUGA